UAUAGAACAGAAUUCCUAGGACUGCAUGUGAUGAAGGGCAAGGUCAAAAGGAAAAGGUAGAAAAAGCAUGUUUCAAAGAUGAGAAGUGUUUGUUUGGAUACCUGUGACUGUCUAUUUAUAUAAGGGACUUAAUCAGCAACUCCAUCUUUUAUUUGAGACGGAGUUUUGCUCUUGUUGCCCAGGCUGGAGUGCAAUGGCGUAAUCUUGGCUCACGGCAACCUCCGCCUCCCAGGUUCGAGAAAUUCUUAUGCCUCAGCCUCCCAAGUAGCUGGAAUUACAGGCAUGCGCCACUAAGCCCGGCUAAUUUUUUUUUUUUUGAGACAGAGUUUCACUCUUGUUACCCAGGCUGGAGUGCAAUGGCGCUAUCUCGGCUCACCACAACCUCCACCUCCUGAAUUCAGGCAAUUCUCCUGCCUCAGCCUCCUGAGUAGCUGGGAUUACAGGCACGCGCCAUCAUGCCCAGCUAAUUUUUUGUAUCUUUAGUAGAGACGGGGUUUCACCAUGUUGACCAGGAUGGUCUCAAUCUCUUGACCUCGUGAUCCACCCGCCUCGACCUCCCAAAGUGCUGGGAUUACAGGCUUGAGCCACCGUGCCCAGCAAUUUUGUAUUUUUUAAGUAGAAAUGGGGUUUCUCCAUGUUGAUCUCAAACUCCUGACCUCAGGUGAUUUGCCCACUUUGGCCUCCCAAAGUGAGGGGAUUAUUAGGUGUGAGCCACUGCGCCCGGCCUAGUUUUGGUUUUAAAGUAAAAGUAGUCCUAAAGUCGGUAUAACUAAAGGGUGGAACGAGGUGGGACAAGGUCUAGAAUUGCUGCUCAGUGAUGUCUGUGCCUCCUGUUGGGGGAGCUGAGACUGCUGAUGGUUGGUUUCCUGGCUAGUUUCUCCCAGCACAGUGGGGACUGGCUCUGUUGUAUGAGGAAGACAGCACAUAGUGGCAGAGAUAGACUCUAACCCAUGGACUUUCCAUGGGAGGGAAUAGGCCUUUGGAGGGUAUGCAGGACCAAGGUAGACACUGGAUAAAGAACCAGGUAGUACCCAGGUAUUGCCCCAUCUGGAACAUUGCUCCCACACUCAGGAACCAGACCUUGUGGGUGAGGACACACUGUCCCUCCUGCCAAAUUAAUAACUUCCUCCCCAGCCAGAAUCCUGCAACAGGCAGGAAUAUAGCUCUGCACUUACAGUAGCUCCUGCUCAGACCUUGUCCAAACCACCCUGCAGCUCAGGAUUAAGGAGCGUGGUCACAGGAAGGUGGGGUUUCAGGGCCUCCCUCAGAAACUGCCCGUCUCCCCAGAAUCCCAUAAUGAAGGCCCAUGUGCUUAUAGGUGUGCUGGUCAUGGUGGGCUUCGCGGUGGGAAAGGGUAAGUGGGGCCCAGGGGCAGGGAGGGAGGGAGGGGUAACUGAGUCUAGGAUGGGGGUGGAGCUUGGCCGUGGAUACUUGGGCUUCCUACUGGCCAGGGUAUUUGAGAGUGAGCCAGUGCCCCCAUCGAUCCUUUCUUCUGCCUCCCCAGUUCCUGUUCCUGACAUCCGGACCUGCCACUUCUGCCUCUUAGAAGACCCUUCUGUAGGAUGCAUUUCAGGCUCAGAGAAGUGUACCAUCAGCAGCUCAUCCCCAUGCAUGGUGAUCACCAUCUAUUAUGAUGUCAAGGUUCGCUUCAUUGUUCGAGGCUGUGGACAGUACAAUUCCUACCGCUGCCAAGAAAAACGCAACACCUACUUUGCAGAGUACUGGUAUGAGGCCCAAUGCUGCCAGUAUGAUUAUUGCAACUCCUGGUCAAGCCCCCAGCUCCAGAGCUCCCAGCCGGAGCCCCGUGACAGGCCCCUGGCCUUGCCUCUGUCUGACUGGCAGAUUCCGUGGUUCUACCAGGCCCUGAACCUCUCACUGCCCCUCCCCAGUUUCCAUGCUGGGAAGGAGCCUGAUGGCCUGGACUCCGUGGCGACACUGCCCCUGAACCUGGGCUUGUCUUUUGCUGACCUGCGCCGCAUGUAUUUGUUCCUCAAUAGUUCAGGACUUUUGGUUCUUCCCCAGGCUGGACUCUGACACCUCACCCUUCCUGAAUUCCACUCUGUGCAAGUGUCUCUCUCUGACACCCUCAGCAUCCUGCACUCCCCUCUCUGAAAACACCCACAUUCUUUGGUCAGUAAUUUAUUAGGCCUCCCUCUGUUGUACCACCAGCAUCUAUAUGCCUUUGGUGUAAUUUCUCUCUUGAACACUGGUACUAUUCUUCCUCCUAGAAAAUAAUCUCUAGUGUGGAUUCUGCCCAGACAGGCUGACCUGGGAAAGUCACAGUGGAUCCUCCAUUCCUUCUCCAUUAUGAGUGUUCCAGUGUCCCACAUCCCUCUCAAUCUGGUCACUUGCCUAUUUAGAUCCAGCUCUUUUUCCUCUGUCUUGUCCUUGUGUCUAAGACCCACUACCGGACUGAACUUGCAGCAAGAAGGAUAAGGAGGCCAGGCACAGUGGCUAACGCCUGUAAUCCCAGCACUUUGGGAAGCUGAGGUGGGUGGAUCACUUGAGGUGGGGAGUUUGAGAUCAACCCGGCCAACAUGGUAAAACCUUGUCUCUACUAAAAAUACAAAAAUUAGCCGGGUGUGGUAGCGCACCUCUUUAAUCCCUGAGUAGCAUCCUGCUACUCAGGAUGCUGAGGCAGAAGAAUUGCUUGAACAUGGGAGGCAGAGGUUGCAGUGAGCCGAGAUCACACCACUGCACUCGAGCCUAGACAACAGAGUGAGACUGUUUCAAAGAAAAAGGAUGAGGAAUAGAAUUCUAUGCAGAUGUCCUGACUUGGCAAUCUUGUGUCCCUGCCUCACUGUCUCCACCACCCCCCUUUUGUCCUGGUCUUGUUCUCUCUUCUGUCCUCUCUUGUCAGUCUCUGGCUUCCUCAGCCCCCUUUCCCCUCACUGAGUCCUGACACCCACCUCCCUAGGGGCCUGUGAGAGGAGAGGGAAGGAUGUGUCUUGCUCAGCUCCAUGUCCCCUGUUUUUCUCCACAAUAAACUGGGACUGGGCUAAA